UUGUGACAUCACUGUGACAGUUGGCCUGGAAUGUGGAUUACUUGAAUGGCCUGGUUUUGCAAACUGGGACAUCGGGUAUCGAACGGAGAAAAAGACACUGGCUGACAAAUUGUGUCCCUGGUUAUACUGUUGUCAAGCUGCCUCUCUCAUUUCUCUGGCUCUGUGCCUCAGUUCUCCAUGGAUGCCGAUGCAUCUGCACCUGCAUCUUCACCAAUGCCUGCCAUUGUGCAAGAUACCUUGGCUAAUGGAGACCAACGGACACCACUGGAGAGCUGGCGGCAGACAGAAGCUGCCAACAACCCUUUGCAACUAGAAGUGGUUGCCCAAGAAAAGGAAAAGAGUGAUCACGUUAAGGAAAAGGAGCAAAGGAGCACCAAGCAGCCCCCUGAAGCCAGUAACGAUGCUGAGAAGAUGCGGCUCGACUUUGAGCUGGCCGUGCUGAAGCACCAGCAAGAGGAGAACGAAAAGCAACGGCAACAUGAGGAAAAGAUGGAGCACUUCCGCCUGCAGUCGCCAUUCAGAACACCCACUAGAGGAGAAGAGGAGCCGCUAGGCGGGAAAUUGGACCCCAUCACGGAAAUUGAGUUGGAGAAAAUGCGUAUGGAGUUCGAAGUGGCCAAGCUGAAGCACAUCUCUGAGGAGAACGAGAGACAACGGCAGCACGAGUGGAAGGUGUACGAGGACAAGGAGAAGCAGCGCCAGCAUGAAGAAAAGCUGGAGCAGAUGCGCCUGCGGCAGGGAUCUUUCCGGCGCCAGAAGGCUCCUGGCGACAAUGCAGAUGCCACAGCCAUGGUCUUUUCUGAGGAAGGGAAGAUGAGGAUCGAGCUUCAACUGGCUAUGCAAGUAUACCUGCCAGAGAUAAACGAAAAGAACCCACCCAGUGAACUAAGUGGGCAACAGCAAAGCUCCAUGACAGAGAAGCAAGUGGAGAAGAAGCAUGAGGCCAGAAAGCUGCCAGACCUCUCGGUGCAGCAGGAGAAUGACGGGGCGACCAAACACUUAGGCAUGCAGGUGCCCCCCAUCGUGGUCAGUGCAGCAGAGCCGGAGUGGUCCAGCAGCAGGUUGGACUUGGCCAUUGAGACCGAGCUGGAGAAGAGGCGGAUGGAGUUUGAGCUGACAAGGCUGAAGUACGAGCACGAAGAGAACGAACGGCAACGCCAGCAUGAGGAGAAGAUGGAGCAGCUGCGUCAGCAGGCACCACCCAAAGAGUCUGAAUGAGGAAUCCAUGUCCUGACCACUGGCUGCCUUUCCCUAAUAUGCUGGGUUAUCAGUGGAUAGACACAGAGGGCCUCUUCCUUAUCACUGUAAACCUCGUCUCUGUAUUGCCAGUUGUACAUUAUACUUCAUUGAAAUGCU